CUUGGCAUAUACCAUCAUGCGUCUCAAAAUCUCGACUGUACAUCCGUUGAGCCCGUUCAAAGCAUGGUUAGCGGUCGCCGAUGAGGUCUAUACGAUUGCACAACUCAAAAGUACGCUAUGUGCACGGCUGCCUAUUGGCCUGCAAGCCGAUGACAUUACUCUCGUGAUGGACGAGUAUGACCUCCUGGAUGACAGCCCCAUAUCAAUUUUACGAGAUGGUGACGCUGUUUGCAUUAAAGGAGCAUCCCAACCUGGGAUGUCGAGUAGCAGGAUACCCUUACCUGCCACUCAGAAGCGUAAACGCCGCGCAUCUACAUCCUCGGAAGCUUCUUCCAGCUCGUCUUCACCCUCGUCCUCGAGUUCUGACUCAUCAGACGACUCAUCUAGCCCAGCCAGUUCGUCAGUCUCGGACUCUGAUUCAAACACAGAUGCGCCAAAACCCAUGGAGAAGCGUGCAGUUGCAGUUACAAAAUCAAAAACUGUGCAAGACAAUGUCUCAUUUGUUCCCCCAGGUUACGGUAAGCCAUCCACCCGCAACCGCAACCUCCGCAGACGGCGGAAACGUGUAGCGGAGCACAAUCAAUCCCCUGAAGAGUCUCUAGCACCUACGUCCGGUGCCAACUCCGUCGUGCCCCUUCCCAUUCAGCACAUGUCAUUAGCAAGCAUUUCCUCUGAUGCUUAUGCUGCUGAUGUUGAGCCCGAAUCCGAGCCCCAAGUGAUGAUGGCGUCCCUGCGGAACAAAAAUAAGAAAAAGAACUUCCGCCAGUUUAUGGACAAGCCCCUCCCCCCAAAGAUUAUAUUUGCGGAGCGCGAAAACGCCUCCGUGCAAGAAUCGCCGUCUGAACCUCCGAAUAAACUUACACCUGCUGGCACUUCUACUCGAGAAAAGGUUUCAGUCCCUCCAGUCAAGUACGCACGGCUGAUACCUCCUUCGGAACGGGAUGAUUUGCCGUCGAAUAUACUCGUAACGAGUGUAGAUGUAGAGGAAGGUAUGCGACCGAAGAAGAAACGAAGGUCGAAAGAGGAGCCCGUUGCGGCUCCCUACGAUGACGAAUCGUGCACUCCCAAUUUCAGCCUCGAUUACGGUUCAGCUGAAGUGUCUGUAGUAAACCCAGACGAAGCCCUUCACCUCCGUGCAGAGCAGCAGUGGGACUUGCUCUCAAAAAUAACUAACGUGUCGCAAGCGAAAGUUAACAGCAUCGUUGCAUACAAGGCUCUCGCCAUCGACCCCAUAACAUUUACACCCGAGAUGCUAACGACAGUCGCUCGCGUGACAUGUAUAUCUUCCACCCACAUCACUGCGUGUCCUUUACAGCGCCCUGCUCAAGUUUCGUUCGCUGGACUAACGGAAGAGACAGAUGCUGUAGAAGACGAGACACACGCUUGGGCAGAUGUCUUGGCCUCAGACUGGCGUGUCGUGCGAUGAGGCCGAAGUAAAGACAUGGAGCUUGCGUGACGCGUCUGCCUUCGGCAUGAGUCACGGAAAUAUACGGAGUAAUACAGCCCGGGAUCAACCGCAUAGUAAUUUUUGCUUUUAUUGGACGAAAUUUCAUUAGAUCACA